UGGGGACGGCCUCUCGUCCCCGCCUCACCUGGCUGCUCUCUCCCUCCAGGAUGCAGCAUUUCAAGGAGUGCAUCAAAUUCAUCCACGAGUGCCGGCUCUGUGGGGGCGGCUGCCUCGUUCACUGCCUGGCGGGGGUUUCCCGCAGCACCACCGUCCUGGUCGCUUACCUGAUGACGGUCACCGACCUCGGCUGGGAGACGUGCCUGGCCGCCACCAAGGCCGCGCGCUCCUACGUCAGCCCCAACUUCGGCUUCCAGCGGCAGCUGCGGGACUACGAGGCGACCUCGCUCGCGGAGUACCGCGCCUGGAUCCGGCGUGACUACGGCAGGAACCCGUUUGGCGACCAGGAGGAGCUGCAGCGCUUGCUCGCCCGGCAGGAGGAGCGGCAGAGGGAGCAGCCCGGGAGCCAGGAGCCCUCCUGGAUCGACGCUCCGGCUCCCGCUUACCCGCGUCCCCACGGCGCCGGCGGAAGCAGCCGGAUGAGCAGAUGAGCACCCGGCUGCUCGCAGAGAGACCUUGUCCCCGGGGGCUGGGAAAACUCCGGGCACCCGUGGGUGCCGCCAGCCCCGGGAACCCCGCCGCUUCCAGCCGCCGGCUCCGGCUCGGAGCGUGCCCCUGGGCGAAGCGGCUGCUUGUCCUGUGCCUCAGUUUACCUGUCUGGAGGAGCUCUCGCGGGGCGGGGAGGCUCCGCGGGGCUGCGGUCGUGAAGGCGUUUUGGGGUCCUCGGGCGAAAGGCGCCAGAACUAAACGUCCGGGCGAGGGGCCCGCGGCGGCCCGCCAGCGCCUCCGGACUUUCCUGGUCCAGGCUGUCCUCGACAGAUGCUUGCCCGGCGUUUUCUCAAAUCCCCCGGGCGGGGGGAAAUCCAGAGGCGCUGGAGAGUUGCCCGUUCCCCAGCGUCCUGCUCCUUAGGGCCGCACUGGCUUCGGUUUUCCCCUGCUGCCCCGUCCGAAUGUCCCUGGUUGCAAAAGAAGCCGAUUGCUCGGCCGUGCUCGGCCGGCCUGGAGGACGACUUCACGGCAUCUCUCGGCAACAACCGCCUUUUUAGCGCUGAAAAACCCGGGCCGGGGCCCUUCUUUUUAGGUCAGGUCCCACGUCCCGUGCAGCACACAGCUCCUUCUCUGCACAGAAGAGACCGGCCCCGCAUUAAGGCCCUUUCCAGGGUCCUUUCCCCCCCCAAGCAGACCCAGUCCUUUAUUUGCUUUAUUUUCUACCCAUCAUCUCUCUGUCCAGCAAAACAGGCCUUCGCCGCCUUUGCAUCUGGAACAUUGAAGUCUGACAUGCUAGCUUCGUCUUUUGCUAUAAAUACCUUGCUCGGUUUCUCAAAAUUUCUGUUCUGCAAUCUGUUCUGAGAAAAAAAUUGUGCUUAAAAUAUUUCUAGGAAUUCCCUUAAUUAAAUUUUCUGGAUACUGA